AUGACGUACAGUAGCAACAAAGCCGAUGACAUAAUAUCUUGUAUCACUGUCAAGCGUAACAAAUGCUGUUUCCCUUCACCCAUCCCAGAUAAUUUGCAAUCUGUUACUUCUCCAAAUAUACAGCAAUGUAUAUCAUCAUACUGUGCACCAAUACAAUGCUUCAAGACAUGUAACUUCAGGUAUCGUUAUCUGCACUCUCGAAAAGUGAAUAGAUCAGCUGACUCGAGCACCUCAGAGAAGUUGGAAAAUAUUACCCAGGGGAAUCCGACCGACUACGAUCAACCAUACUGUGCUUUUCACUCCUUCAUACCACCGAUCAAUUUUUCACUUGCUCCUAAAAAGUCACUGCUAACCCUUUUUGAGCCAUCGGAACUGACUAAUACUCUUGAAGUUCGACAUUUAAGUCCUGGAUGUGAGUUGCCCUCGGAACCAUUCACUGUGACCAAUCAACAUUUAAAUACGACCCUAUAUCUUUUGGCAGACUUUCUUCAACUUAAACUAGAUGAUGGUAAUUUAGAACCUGUAUUUGGAUCAGCAUUUUUAUAUGAUGUUCAUUCACGCCAAAAGGUUACCGAAACAUUCCAUUUGAUGUAA